GCAGGACAGGUUUUGAUUUCUCUUUGCUGCUAGAAAUUCAGCCUCUGGCCGCUUCGCUCCUCUCCAGUCAGAGCUCACUCAGCACAGCUGCCACAGAGUCGUCAUGGCUUCAAAGAAAAGCUCCAAAGUGCAGAAAUCUAAAGAUGGCACUAAAACCCAAGCAGCCAAUAAGAAUGGGAAGAAGUCCGACUCCGGCUCCAGCGGCAGCGGCAGCUUCUUCACCUGGUUCAUCGUCCUGGCCCUGCUGGGCGUCUGGACAUCUGUAGCCGUGGUCUACUUCGACCUGGUCGACUAUCAGGGAGUCCUCGACAAAGCUAAGGGCAUACAAAUUAACCUGUCUGAGGCCUUGCAAGGUAAACUGGUGGCAUACGACACAGAUGGCGAUGGUGAUUUUGAUGUCGAGGAUGCUAAAGUUCUGCUAGGACUCAAAGAGAAAGCCGUCGUUGUCACAUCCCGUAGUGAAGAGGCCGCCGCCCCAGUGGAGACCGCUGUUCCUGAACCCACACCUGAAGCUAUUGUGGAGCCUGAUCCAGUGCCUGUAGAAGAUGUGAUUGAAGAUGCUGUCGCCGAGGAAACCGCUGCUCCACCAGAGCCUGAACCUGAGGCAGAAGCUGAGCCUGAGGUGCCUGAACCAGAACCUGUGGCUGAACCUGAGCCAGAGCCAGAACCAGAACCAGAACCAGAGGAGGCUCCUGAGGUGAUUGAGGAGGACCCCGAGGUGCUGGAGGAGGAGCUUCCCGCUGUAGAGGAGGAGGCUCCAGUGGAGGAGGAUGCUCCAGUUGAGGAGGAGGCAGAAGCUGAGGAGGUUGCAGAGGAGGUGGAGGAAGCAGCGACUGAGCCAGCUGUGGAGGAGGAGGUUGUAGAUGAACUGGCAGCAGAGCUACAGGCUGCGGUGGAGGAGGCUGCAGCAGCAGCAGCUCUGGAGGCAGAGGAGGAGACGGCCGAAGCCACUGAGGAGGCCGCUCCUGUAGAAGAGGCCGCCGAGGAGCCCGCCGAAGAAGAGGAGGCAGCUCCCGCAGACGAAGCCGUGGAGGAACCCGCUGUAGAAGAGGAGGCUGUGGAGGAGCCUGCAGAAGAAGAGGCUGCUCCCGUUGAAGAGGAAGCUGUAGAGGAAGAAGCUGCUGCAGAGGAGCCUGCUGAAGAAGAGACAGCACCCUCAGAAGAAGCUGCAGAGGAGGCAGCCACUGAGGAAGAGCCCGCUGAGGAAGAGCCCGCUGCUGAGGAAGAGCCCGCUGCUGAAGAGGAGCCCGCUGCUGAAGAAGAGCCCGCUGCUGAAGAAGAGCCUGCCGCUGAGGAGGAGGCAGCACCUACAGAAGAAACUGUUGAAGAGGCAGCAGCAGCAGCAGAAGAAGAAGAAGAAGAAGAGCAGGCAGCACCUUCAGAAGAGGCUGUGGAGGAGGUAGCAGAAGAGGAGGAGGCUGCUCCUUCAGACGAACCCGCUGACGAGCCUGCUGAGGAAGAGGAGGAGGCAGCUGCUCCUACAGAAGAGGCUACAGAGGAGGCUGCAGAGGAUACUCCAGAAGAAACAGCGGAGGAGCAAACAGUACCAGGUUUUGACUAA